AACUGCAUCACAUGGAUUUGAUGGAACAAUGUCUGCUUGUGAGAGGAGAGAAGCGUACCAUAGCCUGUCAUUCACUACCGACUACAAUAGCUGGAGAGAUGGGAAAGGCAAACAAUGUGCAUAGGCAACGCUGCCUUGAGGAAUAUAAGAAAAUCCUGAAAAUGUGCCAAUACUAUGGCAUCUCUUUUACUGAAAGAAUGCUCGAGAAAGCUUUACUUCAUCCUGGAGACAAAUUGAAAAUGGAGCCAGGUUUGAAAUUAAGGCCUCCUGGGACUGGCUUGUUACCUAAACAUGAAGUGGAAAAAUGGGUCUCCACCAGACAGCUUAUUGCUUUGGAACAACUUAAUCGUCAGUUGGCUGAAAAAAAAGGUGAAAUUCAGAGGGAGUCGAAGCUUGAAAACAUUACCCUGAAGGAUGUCAGUCAAGAGACAAAGCUGAAGAAAGGUCACAGGAAAAAGAAGGGUAGCAGAACUCAUGCACCCAGCAACAAGAAACAACACAUGACAUUCGAUGAUUAUGUGAAGUUCAAAAGAAAGUUGAAGGUGAAGGCGCAGUCAGUGCCAGACCUGACCCACAAUGCUCAGGCCAACCCAUAUGCCUUCUGGCCUGGCCAUCUCUUGGACAAAGUGCGCAUGUACCUCCCAUAUGUCACGUUAGAACACCAAGAAGUAUUCUUCAGUAACACGCAUCAAGUUGCAAGGCUCAGUCCCUACCGCUACUACAGCAACAAUAACUGGCCCAUCAGUGAACAGGGAUAUCUUACAUAUGGAGACAUAGACAUGCGCAAGCGCUACUGGCUGUGAUCCACCAGUGUGCCUUUGCACAGGAUCUGCGAUUUUUAUUUUCCCAGGAACUGUUCGACAUUUGGGCAAUGCAGAAAACUUAAUUCCUUCCUGUAGUAAAAAAAAAUGAGUUGUACAAAUUCUUCAAAGUUGUGAAAGAAUUUUAAAAGUCUGUGCGCAGAUAGAAAGUACAGGACUUUUACCUUGUUGGUCAGAAAACUUUUAAAUUUUUAUCCCUGAAAUGAACAAGUAAGUAUGGUCACUAAGUACACUUAAUCUUGUGACAGGAAAAUAGCUUAAAUCAAUUACAAUGUUUUAUUCGCAUUUCCAUCACAUGUUUGUUUCUCAGGUUUACUAAUUACAAGUGUUCCCAUUAGCUAAUCUAGGGGAUGCGCUCUGAUUGAAUUGCCCCAUGAAGCAAAACAUGCGUUGAUUUUUGAUUCCAUCCUAUCAUGUCUCAUCAAUACAAUCACUUUCAAUCUUCUAAAAUCCAAUGUACAGUGGCCCAACCUAUUCAUCCCAAAAGUUCGUUGAGUGAAUCUUCUCUGAAUUGGUUAUUAAGUUAAUUAAAUACUUUCUUGGCUAAGGGAAACAAAACGAUGCAUGUUAUUUGAGCUGUGGUCUAACUAAUGCCCUGUAAAAGUGGAACACAUCUUCUCUACUUUUAUACUUGAUUCUCCUUGGAAUAGAGGCCAACGUUCAUUUCCUUCCUAAUUAUUUGCUGUACCUUGUUAAAAAUCCUCACUGAUUUUUCAAUAUUUUUAUUUUACCCUCUUACCAGUUUUGGUUUGGACCUGUGAAAUGUGAGCUCAAGAUGACGUUUGGACAGAGGGCAGCACUUGUAUUAAAACAAAUUGUUACUUGUUUGUGAA